AUGACUGGUCACUGCCACAAGCACGAACAAAUCCGUAUUAGAAAGCAAGCUCCAAAGUUCCAAGGACAAGCUGUCGUCAACGGUGAAUUCAAGGAUAUCUCUUUGGAUGACUACAAGGGUAAAUACGUUUACUUCUUCUUCUACCCAUUGGAUUUCACUUUUGUAUGCCCAACUGAAAUCAUUGCUUUCUCUGAAGCCGCUGAGGAAUUCAGAAAGAUCGGUUGUGAGAUCAUUGCCUGUUCAGUAGACUCUGUCUUCUCUCAUUUGGCUUGGAUCAACACUCCACGUAAGGAAGGUGGUUUGGGUGGUAUCAAGUUCCCAAUCUUGUCAGACAUUACUCACCAAGUCUCCAAAGAUUACGGUGUAUACAUUGAGGAGGACGGUCACACCAUCCGUGGUUCAUUCAUCAUCGGAAAGGACGGUUUGGUCAAGCACAUCCAAUUGAACGACAACCCAGUCGGAAGAAACGUUGAGGAAGCUCUCCGUCUCGUCAAGGGAUAUAUGUACACUGAUGUUCACGGUGAGGUUUGCCCAGCCAACUGGAACCCAGACAACAGCAAGACUAUGAUCCCAGAUCCAAAGGGUUCAAAGGCUUACUUCCAAUCUGUCAACCAAUAA